AUGUGCCAAUAUCGAUACGAUUAUUAUGGUUAUUGCCAGCAUCAAGAAUUCAUUCUUGUCAAGUUUUGCGAAGACGUCGUCUCUCUAGCUCGCGUUGACAAACACCAGACACGACAGAACACAGAAGGCGCGAUUGUCCAAGCGCCUCCCCUCGACACAACAACUGCGUCUUUGCGCGCGGUCGAAUCCAACCUCUGUAUCUCUGGACCAUCCAUUGUUUUGACAAGAGAAGUUGAUCAUUCCAUCUAUUCAUUAAGCACCAUCAUACACAUCAUUGUGAGCACCAUGGCUCCUGAUACUGAAGAGACCAGCGGCUACGCACAAGAAUCUGCCCAGGAAGCUGAACGCCAUUACAAUGAUAUCAUCAGCGGCGGGAAACCUCCUGCAUACUACAAAGCCAUCGAAACUCAAUUGCUGCAAGUCCUCAACAGAGUCCGCGAGCUCGCAGACCCUAGCUCUUCGGCAGCCGUCAGACUUCAACAGCUUCACGAGCACAAUGGCCAAUCUUCUGACCAGGCAGCCUCGAUUGGUCCAUCGGCCCCUGAGGCUAUACAUCUGGACAACUUCCCUGCGCUAUCUCAUGCAAUUGCUCCUCGUACCGAUGUCCGGAUCCAGUCUUACGCAAAGGUGGUUAAGGACUCUCUCCCUCGACUACCGCCACAUGUCGUCGUCCAAGAGGAUGAGCUUCAAGAAAUUGUCGAGCCUCGAGCUGAAUCUUGUGUUUCUUCUGUUAAGGAUGAAGAUGGCGAAUGGUGUGUCGUUGACCGCUCGGGACGUGCCGCUCGUUCCCAGAAACAGCAUGCUACUGUCAUUGAGCGACGCACACGCAAGAAACUCCCACAGGCAUGGUUGCAGAUGGAUGAGGAUGCCCAGACCACACGGGUCCCGCCUGAAGACGCCUCAAUCGUACUCCCGUCUAGCCCCAACAAGCCCCUGCAACGUGCCGCUCGCAUCAAAGGCCCUCAUACCCAGCUUCCUCAAGCCCAAGCCAACUCGCUCAAGUCCAAACCGAGCAAGCCCACUUUGACCAAGGCGACAGCAUCAAAGACGCCAGGCUACGCCUCGCCCACAAAGGCCUCUGCUAUUCGCACUGCUGGAACAUUUGAAUCUGCCAGGCCCCCUUCUCCUUGCAAGUCAAGAUCUGUCCGUGCCGACACGAUACACAGUGCAGCCAUGCUUUCUUCCGAUCAGCAAUCACCAUCUCGGCCUGUUGGGUCUACCGCCUUUGACACCGCUCGACGUAAGGUCUCUCCAACAUAUGAUAGAUCUCCAGCCACUUCGGUCCCAUUCGGUCUGGACGGAACGUGCGAGUCUGUUCACACCGGCAUGUUGAAGACUCUCUCGGGCAAUUCUGUACGACCUUCAAAGAAGGCAAAGCUUGAUCUGAGGAUCAACAUACCAGACCCUUCGGAUAGCUUGCCUCGCCCAGGCAGCCCUUCUCGAAUUCCAAUUGCAGUUCCUUCCAGCACUCCAGCUGCAGAUUACGAGCCUGUGGCUUCUAAUCGUGUAGCUGCACAGGCCCUCAGACUUGCUGAAGCUGAUGGAACUACCCCCAAGCCUGUCGACAGAGCAUCUAUACUCGAACCUAUUAGGAGACGCCUGUCUAGCACUUCUACUACCAGCCACGGACAAUCGAGUACUUCUUCGACCGAACAACAACGCAGAGAUUCUGGUCCCAAGCAGUCAAAAAAGACAGUUUACGUCGAAGGUAAAUUCACAGAAGAGCCUGACAUGAUCAACGGCUCCGGAAUGAGCAUCACCGUGACAGAUACUCAGGCAAAGAUGCACCAUCCUUCAGAUACCGUUUCUUCUUCGCUGACAUCCGCUCCUGAGCCCGCCUCCACACUGUUGCUUGAUACUAUCAAGAGGACUGCCAAAGCUCAUGCCGUCCGACAAAGCGAUGGUCAGAUCAGAGCACAUCUUGCGCCAUCCUCGAACGUGGACGAAGCACAGCAAGCGAAGAAAAUGCUGGAGUUCCAAGAGGCUUGCCGUGCUCAACACAUCACCUGCGGUUCCUCUCCGGAGAAAGACCCUGCCGUGCUCAAGUGUGGUCCGGUCAAGGCUCACACUCGCAAGGGCCAGGAAAGGUCUUCGUCCGGCCCUGCUAGAUUCAGCCUGCGCGCUACUGCUGCUCAUUUCGUCCCUACACCUACUUCGGAAGAUGGGUUUGGACCCUUGAGUGCACCUGAGGCAACCUUGAGUCUUUCUCUACCACCCACACCUGCUACUAUCGCCCUCGCACCCGUACUUGCGUUCGCGCCACAGCUUACCUCCACACUUCCUCCCAUAUGUCCACCCAUGCUUCCUACAGCAGUCCCUGAGAAAUCCACUCAACAGUUCUCAACUCUGUGCCCCUUGGCCUUUGAUGAUCACUCGAGCUGGUUACCGGAUGGAGAUUGGAAAGACCUUCCUUAUACCACCAAGCAGGCCAUAUUCAAAGAGAGAAAAGAGCGUGGCUCUAGCUCUGCUUCAUCUCCGGAUAUGUCCUCGACCAUGUUCUCCAACUUCACCACUAGCCCCUCUUUGUCCUCUCUGGGACCGUUCGCCGAGCCAGGCAUGGAGUUGUACAGACCGCAGUGGGACUGGAUGCAGCCUGGCCAAGGAGGGGUGAGGUUUGGAAGGGCACCCCUUCCGAUUAUGCCCAAGCUUCAACAUGACGGUCACCAACGCAAAGGCUGGGAUGUCAAGUCUGCGGCCCCUGGAUGGCGCUACGGUUGGCGCGGAGGUGAUGGUCUGGAGAUCUCGUUCAAGGGUGAUGGACCAAUCGCCGAGAGAAACCCCAACGCACCAGUCAACUUCAACGAGUACGACAACGACUUCUAUGGAAAGCCUACCAAGACAGGUCAGAAGCAUGGCGGACGUGACUCGUCUGAGAGGAACGAAGUCUCGCCCAACAGCCGUGUCAGAGAGUGGGCCAGGAACGCAAACUACCCUUCUGUUCCCUGCGGUAACUUUGAAGUCAUCCAGGCGAUCGAACAUUUGCCAUACUUUCCUAACGCAUGGUGUCACAGCUGCUUGCCUGGACACGUUUGA